AUUUUGAAUUUCAUAUUCUUCAUUCUGUAAGUAUAGAAACUCUGGUGUCCUCUCCCACUGUAGUCACAGUGGCAGUGUAAUGUACAAUCUCCAUAAAAAUCACGGUUUCUCUGACGCAGGUACACCCACCUCCCCCAUUCUUCUAGACAUUUAUCUAGAAGCCCACGCGACCAACUGUUUCUGCUAGGUCCUUCUUUCUAGAACAAGAGUACUCCGACAUUUAGAAGUUUUAUAAGUUUUGCCCUAGCACCCCUAGUACCUCCUACUUUUCAAUUUGUUGGGAAUAACGAUGGCACCUCUCGUCCCCCAAAGGCGCUUCUUGCUGAAAGCGGCUACAGCCGCAUUCUGCGCUUUUGAGAGUGCAGAAGCGCUGUACUCCAAGGGCUCAGCAGUCCAGGUGAUGGAUGCCGCGACAUUCAAGAAGAAGGUGGUCAACAGCGAUGCCCCAUUCAUGGUGGAAUUUUUUGUUAAGGCAUUCUGAAGAACUGUAGGUUAUCUAGUUCUAGAGAAAGGCCUUGUUGAACUUGAUUCUUUAUUCCGCGCGUGCUGUUUUGUACAUGUCUAGUCAUCAUCUAGUCCCUUCUAGGACAGAUGUUUCUGUUUCUUCAGAAAUUUUUACCCUUGAAAUGAUCUCCAGUGAAGUAGAGCGACCAUACUCUUGCCAGAUGGCAGGCGUUUACUGCUACCGCGCAAAGUAGAACUGAAGGUCACACUCUAAUCUUGCCUCCUGGUGCGGGCACUGCAAGCAGCUCGCACCAGAAUACGAGAAAGCGGCACAGGCGACAAAGGGUAUACCUAGAGAUACAUUUGCUGAACACGUACUGUUGAGUUUGUAGUGUGAAGUUAUCGACAACCAUUACUGUGCUGCUAUAUUCACCAACUAAAAGCAGCUAUUUUCAGAUACCGCCGACGACAUCAAUAAAGACGACCGAUGAAAAUAGCAACCAUUUUCACUACACAAGGUAUCGUCGGUUUCGUCGCAGUUGAGGAUCAGGCAGCAAUGCAAGAAUAUGGCGUACAAGGGUUCCCAACCCUGAAAUGGUUCGGAAAGGACAAGAAAAAGCCAGAAGAAUACAGAUCAGGAAGAGAUGCGAAAGGUAAUUUUUUAUUGCCGUCAUUCUUUCGGCUACUUGUUUGGCGGGAACAGUUUCGAUGAAGGAGUUCUGGCAAGUAUAGUGAAAGAACAAGUAUUAUAAUCUUCUCUUGCUAUAUUUCUCUUACACCUCCUCCCAUCAAGAACUCCUCCCAUCAAGAACUUCUCCCAUCAAGAACUUCUCCCAUCAAGAACUUCUCCCAUCAAGAACUUCUCCCAUCAAGAACUUCUCCCAUCAAGAACUUCUCCCAUCAAGAACUUCUCCCAUCAAGAACUUCUCCCAUCAAGAACUUCUCCCAUCAAGAACUUCUCCCAUCAAGAACUCCUCCCAUCAAGAACUCCUCCCAUCAAGAACUCCUCCCAUCAAGAACUCCUCCUAACAGUAACAACUCAUCAAGAACUCCUCACGGAACAUUUAUUCGAUCCCCAAGAAAAACAGGUCUCGUCGAAUUCGCUAUGAAAAAAGUGAAUGAGCUAGUUUCAUCCCGAAUUGGUGGAGGAGCUAACUUUGGCGGAGGUUCAAGCGGUGGCUCAGGCGGAAGUGGAGGUGGCGACACUGUUGUCCUCACCGAUAGCAACUUCGACGAUCUCGUGUUGAAGGACGACAAGAACGUUUGGUUCGUCAAGUUCUACGCGCCAUGGUGCGGACAUUGCAAGGUACUUACUACUACUUAAGUAUGUUCUUUUUCGUCUUCGUGGAUCCAUCUCUAUGUACGACGUAGUUCUUCGACCUCUAUUUCAAGAAGUCCUUCUCAAAUUUGAUUCUACCUACUUCAGCGGACCCUUUUUAUUGCAAUUCUCAUUCAUCUCACAGCGGAGAAAGAACAUUACACCUCAUAUUCUCUAUCCUUAUUUGAUUCUACCUACUUCAGCGGACUCUUUUUUAAACCUUCCCUAAAAAUUGACAACUGAAAAACAGCAAAUGGCCGGCGCCUGGGAUGACGCGGCAAAGAAGCUAAAAGGUCGAGUCAAAGUCGCCAAGAUGGACGCGACAGCCGAAACCGCGGUCCCACCAAGAUUUGGCGUCCAGGGCUUCCCAACGAUCAAACUAUUCCCAGCUGGAGCAAAAUCGGAUUCUAUUACGCCCAGCACAUUUUUUUUUUUAACAGAUAUAUUAUAAUUUUUGCCAAUUUGAAGUAUAAGUAAUUAGAAACAGAUAAAAUUGUCAAUUUGAAGUGAGUAAUUUGUAUGGUUCUGGUAUUUGGUAACCUGAAUUUGAUCAUAAGGGUUCCCUUCUUGUUUUCCCUCAUGAUCAAACUCAGGUUACCAAAUACUGGAACCAUUCAUAAUUGUACUUGUAGCUCAUCAUGACUAUGACAUACUUGUUCUAGCAGAUAGUUAUAGUCCUAACAAGUAGAACUUCUUAGGUCAAGAAUGAGGCAACUUCUAACCCCCACGUGGUAGAUUACAAUGGUGGUCGGGAUACCGGAUCAAUUGUUACGUUUGCCGAGAAAUACUUCGCGAUGACGGUUGAGGCGGAACAGCUCUUAAGCCAAGAAAUGUUCGACGAAAAAUGCAGUGGCAGCAGUCUGUGCCUGAUCGCCUUCUUGCCACACAUCAUGGAGACGAGUGCGGCCGAGAGGAAGAAGUACUUUGUUUGAUGUUGAUUUCGUGCUAGUUGUGAAUGAUGUAGUUGUAUGUAAGAUGAACAAGAUGUUGUUGACUGAUUUGCUAGUUGUGAAUGAUGUUGUUGUAUGUAAGAUGAACAGAUGUACUAGGAACUCGUACGUUAUUUUUAGCUACAUCAGAGUGAGCUGAGCGAAAUGAGAGUGAGCGGAAUAGAGACGUGGUCGAGAGAAAUGUGAACAACGAAGAAAUUUUGUACUAUUCAUCAUACACGGAGGAGGACCGUUCAAAAAUUUUCACUAACAUACUUACAACUUCAACUUCUACAAACAGUCAGUUUUACCAUGAAGUCGAACACAUCAUCAUUUGACAAAUUAUCUCCAACAUCACGAGUCUCCGCCAACUGAAAAAAUCACAAGGUACCUCGAAUUGUACAACAAGGCCGCUCGCACGGCUGGUGGUGUCCCAGCCAGCUUCUUCUGGAGUCAGGGUGGCGACCAAUUUGAAUUCGAGGAGAAGUUGAACCUUGGCUUCGGUUUCCCAGCUCUGGUCGCAUUGAGCCGAAAGAAGAACAUCUUCGUCGUCCAUCGUGGUUCCUUCACGGAACAGGCAGUCAGAGCCUUUGUCACUGGGUUGUCUGCACCGAAGCAUCUGAACGAUCUCCCGAAAGCGUUGCCAAAAUUGGCGACACAGAAGAAGUGGGACGGGAAGGAUGCACCAAAAAUUGAUGAAGACCUGUAAAGAGUCUCUGGUGAAGAAAGUAUUGCUGAUAGAGGAUUAGGAGUAUGUUUAGGAUCCUAGUUCUUCUAGAGAUAUGGUCAUUUUUCUGGAUCAUAGAUGAAGACAACAUUGAAUUUGAAUGAAUCUCAAAAAUUAGCACUUAAGUAUCCAAGUUUUCAAAGAUAACACAUUGAUUUGGUGUUACUUCUUGGUGUAGACGUCGGACGAAUAGUUGUGCCCCAGAAAAGACCGAUAAACCAUAUCGGAUUAUGAUCUCUUCCUCUCUGGAUACGCAUACGCAGACGGUUGUAUCCCACCGGCAUCACGAUGGCCCGAUCCUGGAGGCCGUGAUCUUCAUAUCCUAUGCCCCAGUCUCCGUUGACUACAUUAUUCAGUUUCAGAGUUGAUCACCACGAAGAUGGAGUGCCACCAUACUGAGUCAUGAUUAAGCAUCGAUGAGCUUGAGCAUCUGGCUGGGGGGUAACAGGCCCCACAACAGUAGCCGAUGUAGAAACCACCUUCACAAGAACUCUCUACUGUACCAUGAUUCUCGCAACAAGUAGGAGGCAGGAAGGAACACGUACUCAGGCGGACAAGAUGCGCAGCAUAUCCUCCUGGAGAAAGAGGAUGGACCGGCAAGGGAAGACAUUGUGCUGGCUGGCGAACUCCAUUAGAAAGGUG